GGACGUGAGGCGGCGGUGAUGGCGGUGGUGCUGGAGCUCGGGGGCGACGGGGCCGUGGCGGGGCCCGGGCUGGGCCCAGGGCCGUCGUUGGGCCGGGGGGGCCUGGAGGUGCUGCAGCACACGGUGGCGUCGCUGCUGUCCAGCUAUGGCUGGUACAUCCUCCUGGCCGCCGUCGCCGUCUAUCUGCUCGUGCAGAAGGUGUCCCGGAGCCUGGCGGCGCGGUCGAGCGGCCCCGGAGCGGCUGAGGCGGCGGAGGAGCCUGAUGUGGUGGUAAGAAGGCAGGAAGCUUUGGCAGCAGCUCGCCUCAGGAUGCAGGAGGAGUUGAAUGCACAAGCAGAAAGAUACAAGGAAAAACAGAAACAGCUCGAAGAAGAGAAGCGGAGGCAGAAGAUAGCGAUGUGGGAAAGCAUGCAAGAGGGGAAGAGCUACAAAGGAAACCUGAAACUGAAUCAGCAAGAAGCAGAGUCUGGUGCCUCCACCUCAGCAGUCCCGAAAUCUAAACCAAACAAAAAGCCUUUGCGAGGAGGUGGCUACAACCCACUGUCUGGAGAAGGAGGUGGAACGUGUUCCUGGAGACCAGGCCGGAGAGGCCCGUCAGCAGGUGGAUGAGGUUAACCUCCCUAGUGCCCCAUAGCACUAGCAGGCUUGAUCUUACCCACUGUCUAACUGCCUAGAGGUUGCCUGUCACAGGGACUCCUUUGGGGCUGGUUUAGUGCUGGUGGUCACUUAAAACAGAUUCACACUGUUUCCAAACUGCAUUGGAUGGUCCUACACAAGAAAAAUACCUGGUCCUCUUACAGAGGACAGAGAAACAAUUCCAGCGUAAUCAGUUAAUUUUCACUCCUCUGUAGAGAGGGAGCUUAGUCUCCAGCCAAGGUGAAUCACCUGGAAUUGGUAGAUCUGGGCUCUCUGGCUAUUCAAAACACUGGCCUCAGGCAAAUUUAAUUAUCUACACUCUGUUUACCUCUGUAAAAUGAGGAUAUUAACAUAUGUUACCAGAUCUACUGUGUUUGUCUGGAAGGUCCUUUAGAGAGGAAGGAUAUUAUCAUUGGCAGACACUUUGAAUUUAGGCAGAGGGACUUUCAGGAAAAACACGAGUGAUCUGACAAGCACCACGGAUUUGCACUGAAGGCCAAUUAUUGCAGAAGAGUCUCUGUGACAAGUCAGCUUGAAUGAUGUUUUCCUCAUAAAUGGUAAACAAACCAGUGAGGAUAACUGAUGCUAGACAUGCUAGACAGCAGAUGGGGGGGUUCUUGCUAUUCCUUUUUUUUUUUUUUUUUUAUUUCAACUGCUUUGUAAAAACAAGACACUGUUAAUAUUAAAUAUAAUUGCAAACAAAUGAUAAAUCUAGUACUUA